AAGAAAAGGUGAAAGAUGUAAACAGAAGAAACAAACGGAGCUUGGCAUUCUCCAGUUGUUUGAGAAGGAGGGACAGAAAUGGAAGGAGAUGAAGAAAGACUGUGAAGAGAAGACGGUAGAUGAAAUGAAAAAGAAUGUGAAGAAAACAGAGAAGUUAAUGGCAGAGAUUGAUGCACCCUUUUCACAUGUAGUUCCAGUACAGACCUCCGCCGUAUAAGAAGGAGAUGGAGCUCCGGGAAGUUUAUCCUCAGCUUCCGGUAAUUAGUCAAGAGGGCAAUUACCACAUUAAGAAUGAGGCUGAGCCGGUUAUAGAAGUGGGGAAAGCAGAGACAACUAUUUUGAUGUAUCCAAGUACAAAAAGUAAAAAGAAAACGACACGUUUGGAGACCGGAGGACGAUUGAGAAUUAAAAGGAUGGAUUUUGGAGAAGUGGAGUAUCAGAGUGAUGAAGAAGAAGCCAGGGGAGGAUAUGAUCCAGCAGUCAGACGACUACUGGCCAGAGCGGAAAGAAGAGGAGGUACAACAGGAAGAAGAAUGGAACUGAGAGAUGAAAGUGAAGUUGAAGGUGAAAGUGGAAGUGAAAAUGAGAUUGAAAAUGAGGACAGUGAUGAAGAAAGCGAGAGUCCUUCUCUUGCUAAGCGAAAAACUGCUUAUAGAGAAGAAGAAAGACGACAGAUUUUAAGAGAAGUUGAAGAGAAUAUAGAUCGAUGCUGUAGAUGUCUGGACAAAUGCACUACACCAAAAGGAAGGAAGGCAUUAGAAGACCAAUUACAAGAACUGCAGAUUCAGAAGAAAGAGUUGCGGAAAACAGGUUCCCAAAAACUGGACAAGGAAUAUGAACUGCGUUCAAGGGAAAAGAAGAAGCCUGGUAAGAUGUGUCCAGUUGUCAUAAGAGGUCAGAAUUUGGAGUAUAAACCUUGGCAGAGUACUGACAUGUCAGAUAUACUUGAGAAGUUACCUACUCUUCAAGAUGGAGCACACCCUUGGAUCUCAAAGUUGGAAGAGAUCAUGGUGGGGACGCAGGCUGCAGUAGGAGACAUUAAGAGAUUUCUGGCUAAUAUACUUGGGGUUCCAGCCAUGGGGGAGAUUUUGCAGAGAGCUGGAUUAAACCGUUAUGUGGAAACUGCUGUAAAUGAUUCAGAGCUGUUUGCAGCAAAUAGAGGUCGAGUAUGGAGAGCAUUGAAAGAUACAUUUCCGACAAAUAUACACCCCGACAACAUUCUCAUUGAGCCACUGGGACAGGAAGAAAAUCCGAGAGCCUAUGUGUCAAGAGCCUAUCAGGUGUGGAGAAAUGUCACAGGAAAUGAUCCAGAGGAGAGCCAAAUGGAGCAAUCAAUUUUGCGAGCCAAGAUACAGAAGGGGCUACCUCUACCAGUGCGGAGCAAAUUGGCAGAAGUGGUUGGUCCUGGAAAUAUGGCGAAGGGUGUAUAUACAGACCAUGUAGCACAUCAAGUGGACCUGUAUAGAAAGAAGGAGUAUGAUCAGAAGGAACAAGGAAAUUUCAGAGGAAACUUCAGGGGAAAUGCAAGAGGAGGAUUCAGAGGUCAGCAAUUGAUAAUCCGGGGACCGGCGAACCCUUAUAGGGGUCCAGAGCAAGGAUUUUAGGGGUGCCUGGAAAAUUCGAAAGGGGGGUGUCAGCUGGUAGUGUCAGGGCCGGAACAAGAUCCAACAAUAAUGGUGAAAGUAAAUAAUAGACCAUUAGAAGUGAUGGUAGAUAGCGGAGCGGCUUUCACCUGUAUUCGGCCUGAAGAUGCUAUACACCUCCCUAUGUCUGGUCAAUUCAUACGGACGAUCGGGUUUGAGGGAGUGAAACAGUUGGUACCUCUUACAAAACCAAUUGAGCUCUGUUACAAAAAUCAAAAGACUACAAUACCUAUAUUGGUUUCAGAACACAUAUCUAUUGCACUGUUAGGAAGAGAUGCUUUAUGCAGAUUGAAGUGUGUUAUAAAGUGUACACCCGACGGCUGUUUGGUGGAGAUGCCAUCUGAUACUGCUUACCAACUAUUGAUGACAACAGAUGUUGAGGCCUCUUCAGUAUGCUGGAUUGGAGAUCUUAGUGCAGAGUUUUUGGAACCUGUUAAAUUGUGGGAGAAGUUCAUUGUAGCAAAUAUGCCUGAUGCAAAACUUCCAGACUAUUUGCUUCAUUGUACGCUCAAGUAUUUUAAGGACGCUGCCCAGUCAAAUUGUGAGGAGUGGAUAAGUCAUCAACCAAAAGAAGUUGAACUCACCUCGUCUUGUAUAAUUUUGGGACCACAAGGAGCAGCAAUGAUGGUUGAUAUGAAUGAAUAUGUGAGCGAAGAAUAUAAAAUCAAAGAGAGUGUACCACAUGUGACUUUGAUGGUGUCUGAAGAAUAUGAACAGAAAGAUAUAGGAGAAAUGAUGGCGGAAGCAGUAAAAGCUGUUUUUGCACCAGUAGAGGGGAAUUCUGCCAUCUGGAAGAGUGAGGAUCAGCGGUUUCUCAAGAUUAUGAUAUCUGCUCAAGGACAUGGGUGACCACAAGUUGUCCAAAUGACACAUGAAACGAUAUGUGGGGUUGAAAUGGACGCAGACGUUUUGAGGAGAGAAAUGUUACAGCAAGUACCUGAAUGUUUGUGGUCUCGAUACAGUACUGAUAUUGGUCUUGUUAAAUCAGCUCAACCAGUGAAAGUGGUACUUAGACCUGGAGCCAGACCUCCUUGGAAGAAUCAGUAUCCACUGAAAGAAGAGGCAGUUCAAGGGAUUGAACCACAGCUUGAAGGACUUCUGAGAGCAGAUGUGCUGAAGAUAACUCAAAAUCCUAUAAGCAAUACGCCAUUGUUGCCUUUACAGAAACCAGAUGAUUCUUACCGUAUGGUUCAUGAUUUAAGAUUUGUGAAUGAAGUAGUCGCCGAUUUUCCAGCAGAAGUGCCAGAUCCGCAUAUUUUGUUAGCUCAAAUUCCCCCAAAUGCUACACAUUUUACAGUAUUGGAUUUAUGUGGUGCAUUUUUCAGUGUUCCAUUGAGCGUAGAAAGUCAGGGUUUGUUUGGGUUCACAUACAAGGGACAGUUUUAUGUGUACAAAAGGUUGCCACAGGGAUUUAAACAUAGUCCUCAUAUUUUCAAUAAAGUAUUGAAAGAUGAUUUGGCAGGACUAGAUCAAAAAUUAAAAAGUACAGUGGUUCAAUAUGUAGAUGACAUUAUUAUUUGUUCACCAGAUAAGAAACAUGUC